GAGAGCUGAGAAGGAGCACUCGCCGGCAGCGAGCGGCGGCGGCGGCGGCAUGGCCUUCUGGCAGGCGCGCGACUUCCUGUUCUGCGGCGUGUGCGGCACCCUCCUCACCUUCGACUCCCUCCACUACGCGUCCUGCCCUCUCUGCGGCUUCAAGCGCAAGACCAAAGAGAUCCAAGGGAAAGAGACACGGUACGCGGUCACUGGCGAGGAUAUUAGAAGGGACCUAAAACUUGAUCCAUUUGUGGUUCUUGAAUCAACACUGAAGGAUGAGACAGCUGUCAAAAGAGCUACAAUAAAUAGAUUAUGCCCAGAAUGCGGAUAUCAUGAACUUGAAUAUUACACCAAGCAGCUACGCUCAGCAGAUGAAGGGCAAACUGUUUUCUUUGAGUGCCGAGACUGUCGUCAUAAGUUCAAUGAGAACCAGUAGUCACCUUAGUAAGAACAAUUCUUCAAUUCUGGUCUAAAAAUGCUCGUGCUUUGACAUGAUAUGUGAUUUUGAAAUUGUUGUGUUGCCUUAACAUGUAUUAUGGAUGCUGUUUAGCUGUGUAAAAUCACAAUCCUUUGUGUUUGCGCUGACUCCUUUUGGAUUAGCCCUCCAUUCCAUCCCCGACCAUGCUAUUUUUCGGAGGUGCAAAUAACCAAAGUAUUUCUCCUUUCUAAAGAUUAAAGAAUAUAACCUGAAGCUGCAUUUUGGAGCUUACAGUACCCGUAUAAACUCAA